UCAAGAAGAGGUUAAUUCUUUUUCGUCGCCACCGAUACGAUCCCCUUCCCAUGCCAACGUGCGGAAAGCCCAAACCCUCUCUCCCGAGCUGCUCGCUUUCUCUCCCUCUCCCUCUCCCUCUCCCUCCAGAGAUCAUGGCGGGAAGAGAGAUCCUGAUGCUCGAUGCCCCGCUGGAUCCUUCCCGCGAAGGCUGGACGGCCGGUCCAAAGGCGGACGUUGUCGACGCGCUGCCGUACAUCGACGACGACUACGGCGACCCCAGGGUGAAGGCCGAGGUCGACCGCCUUGUCGAGGAGGAGAUGCGGCGGAGCGUCAAGAAGCCCACGGAUUUCCUCAGAGAGCUCCCUCCCCUGCCCAAAUUCAAAUUUGAGGAUCACCCUAUGCUUGCUAGAGAGUAUGAACGUGUUAGAGCUGGCAAGCCUCCUGCAACUUUGGAGAUGUCACGUUAUGGAUUAGAACCUCCCCCACUAAAUAAGCGUAAUGAUGUUGCUGCAUGGAGGCUAGCUUUACGAAAUGCUCAGAGCUUGUUACAACAUCAAAUAGUAAGGAUUGAGAAUCUGGAGCUAAUGUUGAAACAUGGUGCUGAUGUCUGGAAACAGAAGAACAAACAAUUGGAGUCACUUUUGUCCAGAAUGCAAGCAGUGGCUCUGGAAUAUAAUGAAAAGAUUGAAGCUGUGAACCGCGAAAGAAAAUUCCAUCAGCAAAACACAGGUGUGCAACUUAAUGCCCUGAUGGCACAAUGGAGGGAGCUAUGUGCGAAGAACAUAGAGAUCCAAGCUGCAUGUGCUGAUCUUCAGAACCGUAUAGACCAACUCAAGAUGGAAGCCAAGGAGAGUGAUCUUGAUUUGAAUGCCAAUGGGGAAAAUCAAUCUGCAAAAACCCCAGGAUUUUGAGGAUGUAGGAGAUCUCUGGCUAUGCAGUCUCUUUUAAUUGAAAUUGAAUUUUGUUGGCCUCUCUGGGCGCAUACAGGCUCAAUUCAAUUUGUGGACAGACUGGACAGUUUCAAACUGACCACUCAGCUAAAGGGAUAUUGGAUAUUGGAAAUUUUAAAUGCUGGGCCAUAAUUAUGCUGCUAUAAAUCCAAUGGAAAAUUUCAAGUUUUUGCCAUGAUAGAUUUUGCAGGGGAAAGAUAGUAUCAUUGAGUGUAUUCACUUUGGAUCCUGUGUAUCUUUUAUUGUACUUAAAGGAAAAUAAUUAUGCCAAAAGCAAAAUGGAUUCAGCAUUCUAAAUCCUCAUGUUUCAGUU